AAGCUGCGAAUGGAGGGAAAUUGUUUUUAGAUUUAGUGCGCCGUAUUAUGCUUAUGCAUUGAAGAUGGAACAGCUGAAUUUAGGCAACGAGGCAGCGAAAUUCUCAAGACGGAGAAUUUCUUCGAUUUUAAAAGCUCCUCGAACAUCUAUGAAUGUACUUGGAUCUGAGCAAGAGGAACAAAAGGAGGAAAUUACCAAACCUUUAGAGAAGAAGAGAAAUUCGCGAAGAGUGAGUUUUGCCACUACAAAUAAUGUUCGAGUCUUUACAAAUGAUGCGAAAAGUGAAUCUCCUGUUCUGGCAUCCAUACAAAACACACAUGUUGGGGAUAAACCAGAUGAAAAGAUUCUGCGUUUUGUUGAUGAGGGAAAUCACCAAAUCAAAGGCCUGGAAACUUUGUUGAAAACUCCUCUUUAUCUAUCCCAGCAUAAAGAGAAUUUCUUUUCUGAUCCAGUCUUACAAGAUGACUGUGUGGAUAGAACAAUGCUGCUCGGAGAGGAUACUGGAUACAUGGAUAUUACUCAAAGCCACACAAUCACAAUUGAUAAGGAUUAUGAAAUUGAAGAAGAACCAAACCCAGAUUGUAGCUUCAAAGUGGCUCAGAUGAUCUGUGGUGAUCUGAAUGUUGCAAGUCAGAAGGGUUUGCCACGUGAAGCAAAAGCAGAGAGUAAAAAUGCUGCAAUAGACCCAGACUUCAGUGCUUUUCUUGCCGGUAUGUGCUUACCCACUGUAAAAACCAUAAAGCCCCCAAAUUCAGAAAAUGAGCUUGGUAAUGUCCUCAGUUCAGCCAAUACAAGCACAAUGGAAAUUGAUAAGGAGAAUCACUUACCAUCUUUUUUAAUGAAGCAACAUCCAGGUGGCAAGGGUAACCCAAAACAACCACGGGGACUUCAACGUAGACGCUCCCGUGUUACAUUUGUUGAAGAUGAUGAUAUAGAGGCAACGAUGAGUCACACUGUUGUAAUUGAAAGCAAAGAUAAUGCUCAGCCUCUUGCACCCUCGGUUUCUGAAAAUCAAGGUAGUGUUGCAUUCAUGGCAUCUGCCGUUUCAAACAUCUCGGAUGACAUGGAGCUCACUCUAAGCCAGACUGCUCCAAUCAACGUAAAAGUUACAGGAAAUAUCACUCGCAAUGUCCAGGCUGCUCUGGAUCACAAUAGAUCCCAUUAUUUCUCUGAGGGUGACAAUGCGAUGGAGAUGACGGGGGCAUUUGAUUUAACCGUUCGAGAAAAAGACCACACAAUGAGUAUGAAUGAGCAAUCUCAGUCUCCAAUUCCCAAAAUAAGAAGGAUUUCCUCCUUUAAUGUGAUUGGAAAUGGAGAUACAACAGAUCAAAACAAAGCUGGUUAUUUUCAGAGCAAUCUCUCAAUAGCCAAAACUGCUAAUUCUGAUGAUAUGGAGAUGACUGGGGCUUUAGAUGUAUCUAUUCGAGAAAAAGAGGACAUUCUGUUUCCCAAACUAAGCCGGAUGUCCUCUUUCGAUGCUUUUGAAAAUGGAAAAAUAGUGGAUCAAAACAAUUCUGGCAACAACAUGAUAGCUCCAACUGCUAAUAAUGAUGAUAUGGAGAUGACACAGUGCCAGACUCUUGUUUUCGAGGCCAAACUAUCAAGUGGAAACAACUUAAGGAAGAGUUUACCUCUUGCGUCUGUAUCCAGAACUGUUCGAGAAGAUGAGCAUGCAAGCAGUAUCAAGGAGGAAGCUCUGCAUCCAAUUCCCAGAGUUAGCAAAAUGUCCUGCUUUAAUUUAGUUGGAAAUAAAGAGAUAUUGGAUCACAACAAAUCAGGCCACCUCUCAAUUGGCCAAACUGCAAAUUCUGAUGAUAUGGAGAUGACACAGUGUCAAACUAUUUUUCUCGAGGCUAAACAGGUCAGUGGAGACAAACCAUUAAGCUCAAGGAAGAAUUGGCCUCAUACAUCAGUAUACAGUACUGAAGACAGUGAUGGGAUGGACAUUACUCAAACGUUCACUGGGCGUAUAAUACAAAAUGUCCUUUCAGCCACCAAGAAGGAAAGAGGUGAAAGCAUUCUGAUACCGGUUACAACUGCUACAUCACCUAAACAUAAUGAGAGUGGCUGUAUGGACUUGACAUGCCAACCAAAUACUUUUACUGGGAUUUCUCCUCCAAGCCCUGAUGUAAUGGAAUUGACUGGAUGCAACACUAUUAACAUUGACUCAAACCAGAUUUGGUUAGGGAGUGCUGAUACAGAUACAAGAAGAGUACCAUUCUCUGCUAAUCAAACAAUCACUGUUGUUGAACCUAUGGAGAUGACUGAAGUACAUAUGGCACUUGUCAGUGAGCGAAAGCAUAAAGCUUUUAUGACUCGAAGAAAGUCAGGAGCAAGGAUGGUGUCCUUGAUGUGCGACCCUAAAAACACUGAAGCUGAUAACUGUCAGACCAAUUUCUCCAAUCCUGAUGACAUGGACAUGACACAAUGUCAGACUGUUGUGCUUGAGGCUGAAAACUGCAAACCAUUCAGUAAAUCAAGGAAGAGUUUGAACCUUGAAUCUAUAUCCUCCAGUCCUGAUGUUGACGGUAUGGAGAUAACCCAGGCACUCACUGGCAGUAUCAUGUUAAAGAGCUUUGUAUCCAAUAAGGAAACGGAGCAUGAGAGAAAUCUGUUGCCUACAGCACAAAGUUGUCAAAAGCAGGAUAAGUCUGAUUGCGUGGAACUGAGAUGUCAAGCCAGUGCAUCAAAUCUAGCUAUGCCCUGUGUUGAUGAAGAAAUGGAAUUAACAGGAUGCAAUACGAUUGCAAUUGACUCAAAAAGCACAUUGGCAGCAAGUGCUUCAGAGAUCAAAGCAAAUGAAAGUGCACUUUGGGCAUCAACAUCUGUUUCUAGAUGCACAGUGUCAAAUGAAGAUCAAAAUGAGGUGAGUGAAGCUGCCAAGUGUGCUAUUAACCAUGUCUUCCCCUCAAAACAUGCUUGUGACCUUAAAUGCACCGACACAGAGACAAUCUCCUAUGACCCAGCUGAGAUGGAAGUGGACAAAUACUGCAAAAUGGCACGUUCAAGCAAUGUGAUGAUGACUGAUGAAGAAAACGACAUGCAGAUUACAAAGAUCCUUACAAUGCCCAUUGAAAUGGAGAAAAGUGUUUUGUUUAACCAGAGAGAAGAAGCAAAUAUAAACACUUCCAAUGUUUCUAGAAAUGAAGAGGAGGGUCAAGCUCUUUGGUCUAACAAGGAACAAAGUACAAGCUCAGUCCAACUUGAAGGUUCCUCCUCAAAUGAGUCCGUAGCUGAUUCCUUCAGUAAAGAAGAACUACAACAUACAAAAGCAAGACGAAGAAGUCUUGCAGAUUUUCAAAUGGAGCUUCAAAAUAUAAAACGCCGUAUCCAGGAAGAGCAAAAAGUGAUGACGGGAAGCACAACUGCACCUCUGCCUUCUUGUUCCUUCCCUGAGAUUUCCCUUAAAGAGCAACGUGAAAUGGAAAUUUCCACUAAGCCAGCUUCAAAUGUCACGCCUAACGUCAAGCAGAAAAAUAAUUCUGGUCAAAAUGAGAAGACUACACCCUUUAGUCUUAAAAAGCCGUUCUCAUCAAGGUUGUCAUUGUGUGGUAUCAUGCCAAAACUACCGAAACGAGCUUCAACUGUAACUCCAAACAAAACUGUGACCAUAAGUACUAAUGAUUUACAAAGUCUACAACUGGAGAAACAUUUUGAAGUUGUUGAACAAAAUAGCAACUGCAAAACAGUCAAUAUUAAUGAUGAAGAGUUUCCUGAAAUGAGCAGUGAAGAAGACUUGUCAGGGAGUCUUGAAAAUUGGCCAAUUAACAAGCAAGAUGAACUGGAUGGUUCUUUGGCUGUACCUAUAAAUGAAGAGAUUUUUGAGGAUGAUGUCUUUCAGUCAGGCACGAGAACAAGUCCAUGUUUUAAAAGGCCGCAUUCAGAGGAGCCUAUAAAUGAAGAGAUUUUUGAGGAUGAUGUCUUUCAGUCAGGCACGAGCACAAGUCCAUGUUUUAAAAGGCCGCAUUCAGAGGAAGACCCUAUUACAGCAGAGCAAACCAAGAAAGCCUACAUUUCUGACAUGGGGCCUGACUGUCAUGAAGCUGCUGUACAGUGGGAAGGUAAUUUUACAAGGCAUGCCGCUCAGAAUCCCAAGGCAAAGACAAUUGAAGAUACAGGAGUGUCUGAAUCCACUCUCAGAUACUCUCAGUUCGACUCUCAUUUGGAUGGGACGCUGGAUCAUGUAUUUGAUUUUAACAAGAAACUUGAGGAUGGAAGCAUCACAAUGAACGAGUUCCUAAGCCACUUUGGUAUCAACUUCGUCAUCCACAGAUCUAGACCAAGUGCUCUGCCUGUCAGUUGUAGGGCUGGAGAUACACGCAGCAUGGAAGAUUUGCUCAAAGAGAAAUACAUAUACCACCCCAAGCAGAGAGUGUAUGAGCAAGACUGUAAGAACCUCACAGAGAUAGUGGAGAGACUUAAAGAACGAAUGCCUGAACAAGAGAAAUCCCUGGGAUGCAUCAAUGGAGCCCUUCAGCAACAGAUAUGCACUCUCUCUAAAGAACAAUUAAAAAGCUUUGGAUCCAAGUUGAAAGAGCGAAGGGUUUACUUUGGAAAGAGAAGCAAGGCACAUUCUCAUGAAAUGAAAGGAGUCUUGUACUCAGAGCUCAUAAAAACUACACAGAAUGCAAAGCAGAGCCUGAUAUCUAAAAUCAAAGAGACAGAUGAAAUGAUGGAAGACUUGGAUGGAUGCAUUAAUGAUUUAGAAACUGAACUUGCAUCUGUAGAGGCCAUGAUUAUGGGAGAUCAUCUUGAUGCUCCUCAAACCAGACCAGCCUUAAAAGCCAAGGCAGAGGAUUUGCAAAGGCUUAAUUCAGCUAUCGCUAUGAAGGAGAGGGAAAUUGGUGAGCUGGAGAUUCAGCUGAGGACUUUGGAGGGCCAACAGGAGAAGCUACGAGGAGAAUCAAGUAGCCUUAAGAGUCAUCAUGCAACCUUGAACAGUUUGAACGAGUGGCAUCUUGAUGCGACAGAUGAAAGGGGUGCUUUGUUUACCUUCCUUCACAACACUGUGCAUCUGCAAGUGAACCUGCAAACCCCUGCUGGAAAGGAAUGGAUGACUGAGGAUGUGGAGCGAAAUAUAGAUGUAUGCUUCCAGUUGCAGCUGGAUGUGGAAAAGUCUGAGUGUCAUGCAAGCAUGGUUCACAAGUUACUUGAACUAUACCGUCAGUCUCAAACUCAGUGGACACAGAGGUACCCCACAACCCGACAUUUACCAGAGCUUCUUCAUGACAUCAGUUUGGUGGUGGGUCGUCUCAGGCUCUUGGGUGAGGAGAUUCACCGGCUGAAGAAGUGGGGAGGAUUGAAGCUUCGCAUCCUGAAGAUCACCUGUAUGGACACACGAGUUCAUAUCGUCUUCUCAAGCCUGAAAGCAUUUGAAAAGUUUGAGUUAAAUCUGAUAGUCACUCCAGACUAUCCCUUUGGACCACUUCACAUACAGGACUUCAAAAAACACAUGGGGAAAACAAGGUUGAGUCAAAUUGAAGACAUCCUAUCAUCAAUCAAACCAGCCAAGAACUAUCUGACAAAAGUCCUCAAGAAAAUCCACGAUGAUCUCCUGUGCUAGGAAGCCUUGUUGUUUACUCUUUUCCUUUCAGUCUUUAAAUGUUUGUAUAUAUUGACGUUUGUAUAAUCAAAAAAUAAUUAUUAAAAAUGUAGCCACAAACCA